CCUAAGGAGACACACAUGUGAGUUAGCUGUUUGUUUUCCCGUUAAUUGUGGUCUUCAAUAGUUUUUCGACUAAAACGACUGCUUGAUGAAGGUAAAUAUAUAUAUAUAUAUAUAUAUAUAUAUAUAUAUAUAUAUAUAUAUAUAUAUAUAUAUAUAUAUAUCUAUAUCUAUACACAGAUGGUAAUUGAAUAGUUUUUUCUUUUUUUUUAAACUAAUAAAUUUGUAAUUAAAAUAAUGAGCAGGGUGUUAUGCGGUACUUUGGUAGGUGGGGAUUAGUCAGCUAUAAUAAUAAGCGAAGCUGUAUAAAACAAAAUGUAAAAAAAUAAAUAAUGAGCAGGGUGUUAUGCGGUACUUUGGUAGGUGGGGAUUAGUCAGCUAUAAUAAUAAGCGAAGCUGUAUAAAACAAAAUGUAAAAAAAAAAAACAAAAAAAAACAGUGAUCUAAAUUUAGGGGCUGAUCUCACUACGAAUAUGUAUAGAUAAGCAGUAUAGUUAAAUGCUGCAUAAAGUCGAAUGAAAGAAAUCAAUCUUGGAAAAAAAAAUGUUUGGAAUUUAAAACAAAAUAUUUUUGGUUAACAUUAUUUCCACAUAAAGUAAAUAUUUCUUCUUUUUUUUUCAAAUGGUAUAUUUACAGUAAAUGUUGGGAGCUACAGAAAAUUAUUUUUAACAAAAUAUUAAAAUAUUGUUGGCCCAAGUGUAUCUUUGAAACUGAUAACAGUCGUGGGGUUGAAUAAAAUAAUGAUAUAAUUCUACAACAAAAAGUUCGUUUCAAUUAUGGGAUAUGGAGAAUCAUUAAUUAGUUCAUUUAAGAACAAAAAAUAUAAACGGAUAAGAAUAACCAUGUUUUUAGACUAUCAAUUUCGAUAUCAAGGAAAAAAUAAAAAUGAAAUAGGAAAUUUUUUUUAAAAAACUUGUGACCCAAAAGGGUUUUCCCAAUGGGUAGGCUAGUUUUUUUUUAACUUUUAGGUUGCUAUUAAAACGAAAGACUUAAAACAGUGGUUCUUACAGUGGGGUUUUGCCGAUCCACAGAGGACUAUAACGUGUUACAGUAUCCAUGUGUGACCUUAAUUAUCGCUGACAAGGAAGCGUCCAAUGAAAGAUAUAACAUAACAGAUUAGAGAAGAAAAUAAUGUUUGGUCUAAUUUUCAAACUGAUAUAACGGCAUUUAUUUAAAUACAUUUCAAUUUUUUUUUUUUGGUUAUAAAUGUGAGCUGCCGACAGGAGAACUUGAAAUUUUAAAUGACUUAACACAUUAGCCGCAUACUGAAAAGACAUGAUUUCCUAAGCUUUUAGUUAAGAAGCUGGAUUGCGUGGAUUAUGACUUAAGAUUGUGUCGUUAAUUUGAUAAAUCAGAAAAAAAAGUUACUAACAAUCAAUGAAGUAUUCAACCAACCUGCUAUUAGUGAGCUUCUAAUAUAUAGCCACAUCAAAGCUGAGGAAAUAGAGAUUAGUCGUAUAGCACAGCAAAGUUUUACGGAAAUGGCAUUUCUACUGGAUAAAUUUCGUUGAUGCGAGAAAAGGAAGCUUUGCUUGUUGUCACUGGCACAUUUUUUGCAUGGCAAUAAAACUGAAAAUUAUAUAGUUUUAACUUUAGAGAAGUUCUGCCAAUUCAGGAAAAAUUCAUUAAAAUUAUACUUUGUAUUGAAACGAGCGCUACCAAUAAAUUUACCGUUCGAUGUUGCCUAUACAAGAGGGAAAAGGGUCAGAGCGAAAUUACCUUUAUAUUUUUCGUUGUGUUAUUUAUCGCUAACAUCUGGUGCUCUCAAUUACUGCGAAGCGGCACGUUGGCAAUGUCUCUUUGUCAGGCGCGAUAAAAGUACUUAACUAUCAUACUCAUCGUCCGUAAAUUAAAUUGUUUGAACAUGCUCAAACGUAUUGAGAAUUCCUGACGCUUUGUGUUGAAAGCGAUGCAACAUAAAUUGCUGUUUUUUUAAACGUAUUUUCUUGGGAAUAAAGGAUUUUGAAGGUGCUGGCUCCAAAAUAAAAAAAUCACACAAGAUAUAAAACACGACAUUAUUUAUCAUAAAAUUGCAUUUUCAAAGGAAUGCGACCUUACUUAUAUACAUGAAACAAUGUUUCUAAAUUUGAAAUAAAGUGACAACUCUAUUCAAAAUCAAUAUAAAAGUCGUAUGUUGGGUUUUGAAUCCCAGUUAUGUGAUGAAAGCAUUUGUUGUAGCAGGGCCGAUUCAGCGCUAAUGAUGUUUAACCAAAGUUUAAAGUUUGGCGACAAAGUUUUUGUCUUGAGCAUGACAUGCAUUAUCAUAUCCUCCGUAGUGGAAUGCUCCUUGUUACAUUCUCAUCAUUGCAUCAGGGUGAAUGUAGAUUUUAGUGAGUUUUACCAAAUUUGUUCAAAGCAAACAGAAAUCAUAUUAAUGUCCAAUGCAAUUAUCAUCCAUUAGCGGUCGUGAAAAAUUUAUUAUUAGAAUGCCUAUAAUUGGGUUCGUCAAGGAGUUCCUAAGGGUGAGUUUAGGAGCCAAAAGAGGGGCGGUGCCCGGACAAAUUUUGAGAUCGACAGGCUUAAUAAGAAGGAACAAAAAUAUCAAAAUUGUAUGUGAAAGUAUCAGUUAAAAUGAAAAUCUAAAAGAGCAUUCAUUUAAUAAGCAAACGACAUAUACAUGUACACGCUUUGAUUGAUAGAUUUUAUCAACUACGUUAGUGAAAUUGUGCAUUUGAAGAAUUUCGUUUCUAAACUUUUAAAAAGUAAAUGAUUUGAUGGGUGCUAUGUGCUAUAACGCAAAUUAAAAGGUGUGUUUCAAUCUCUGUGUCUAAACGUAUCAUGUAAGGUUUACAAAGGGCAAUCGAAUGAUACAAGUUGGUAGUCAAGAGACUACAACAAAAAGUUGGUAGUCAAGAGACUACAACAAAAAUACUAAAAAUGUAGCAAUGAAAUAUAUAUUAAUUUAGAGUAAAAAAUUUUUAGCUUUUUUUAAAAAAAAACAUCUUAACUCAUUGCGGAAAUUAGUGAAAUUUAAGAGUAUAUACAUUGAAACAAUAAGUUACAUUUGAGAAGAUUUAAUAUAAACAUAUCAAUUGUCGAAAACCAUAGUUUGAAGGCAGUGGCGACGCCAUCAAAUUUAACAUGGCGGGGUCCCUUGCAGGUCUUAAAAAAAUUUGGCAGGUCCCAAAUAAAUGAAUUAAAAAUAAACUUUUAUGACGCUAUAUUGACUUUUGUUGUCGAUCAAAAUUUAAACAUAUAAAGGCAUUUAAAAUGGAAGUUCUCUUACAUGUAAUGUAGUUUACGCUUAAUGAGCAUAUAUACAAUAUUAGUAACUAAUAAAAAUUUACGAGGUCAUUUGCCAGGUUCCAAGUUUUUUUUUUUAACAGGUCCUGGGACCCGGCGGGACCUGGUGUAGCGUCACCACUGUUUGAAGGGUUACAGACAGUUUUUUGGGUUUUUUUAAUAAAAAAAAAUGUCAUCUAUGCUUCCGGCUUCCUUGUUCUCAGUUUCGAUUUCUUAGAACUUGUUCAGAUUUCUUGAGAGGGGGAAUGUUGAUUCGUGACUCCAAGUUACUCUUGAAAUUCAACAAUUAUCUUAGUUUUUCUUGCACCUAGCCGCCACCACCCAUUCACUCGAACAAUUUAAAAUAAACUUAUUUUCGAAUACGAAAAUUAAAAGACCCAUCGUGCUGUCUCUGGUUUACGAAGAAGAUGCUGUGUAAAAAAAAAUCGUUUGCUCUGUAGCUUCCAACAAGCAUUGGGUAUGACACAAUAGUUUAAAUAAUGUGGUUAAAAAGGUAAUUUUUAAAAAAAAAUAGCAACUCAAUAAUAGUUUCAGAAAUGCGUUUUUAUGAAGCAAGCUCUAACAUAAACGGCUUGUCUAAUUCUUGCGCAAAAAGAUAGACCUGUAAUAUGAAUAUAAAGAUUUCUCUGAUCGUUUCAAAUUUGCUUCACUUUUUUUUUUUUUUAUUUUUUUUUUUUUUUUUUUUUUUUUUUUUUUUUUUUCGAAUUAUUUCAAAUUUUGCUUCUCACCUAUUAUUGCUAACUAACUUAACCAAAGGACUUACACCAAGCUGCUAACACAAUACAUGACUUCAACCUACUAUGACUCUGUACUUUAAACGUUUACUGAUUGAACUUAUGCAGAGCACCCUAAAUAAAUAUCCAAAUUAAUUAUGAUUUUUUUCCAAUUUAAUUUAAGGAAGUAAAUUGAUCAAUGAAAUACAUAUAUCAACGUCUAUAAAAAUGAAUUAAAUCCUUUGUAUUACAUUUAUUUCAGUCAGACACACUUCUGUUUACUUCAUAAUCAAUCAAGACGCAUCCUGCCAUACCCUGCAUCAGACCAAACAUCUUUAAAAAAAUUUUUUUAAAAAAUAACAACAAAAAACAAAAAAAAUAACAACAAAAUAACAACACUUAUAUUAGAAUUAAUGUUCUCAAGUAUAAAUCAACGGGAAUUAAUUCACUUUUUGUUUUUACGAUAAGGGAUCACGAAACUACUAUUUUGGUGAUCAUGGCGGCGAAUAGCAAGUUACUAACAAGUUUAGAGGGCUUGUCGCCUACAUACUUAGCGAAUGGAACAUUCAAAUCGCAGGCACUUGCUAUAGUUGCAUCGCUUAGCUCGGAAGAUUCGCCAAUACUAUCUUCUAGUACGAGGGGAUAUAACACUUUACAGCCAAUAGAUGAAAAGGUAUUAAUUCAAGAAAUAGUUAAAAUACAACUAACUAAAAUACGAGAUUUGUUCGGCAAGUACAAAAUAGCUAUUACUUCAGCACAGGGCAUAGAACCCUGUCCUUUAUAUUUUUUAAUAUAUUGUGUUAUUGAAAUGGAGCGAAUCGGUGAGGAAAUACAUGGUUCUUCGUUGUUUAAUAAAUGUGUUCAACUACAAGAUGUUUUACCUGAAAAUUUCAUCGAUAGACUUACAGUAAGACUUAGAGAAUUUCGAUUACCUGAUUUUGAAGACUUGGCGUCUUCGGAAAUAUUUCCGACGGUUCCCCAUGACGGACAAGUGUCUAGAGAAAAUGUUACGCUUGGUGAUGAAACUAACUUGGAAGACAGCGGAGAGGAUGAUGUUGAUGGACUGUCAAGUACUUCAACGGUGAACGCUCUGUUACUCGGCAGUCUCUCGGAUAAUUCAAGUUUAAUUCCGGGGUCGCCGGAGGACCUCGCUUCAACAAGCGUAGGAGCCCCUAGCAAUAAAAUGAGUGGAGAACGUGAAACGCGUCGCACCGGUUCACAAAAAGAGGCAUCUCUCAUUCGGCAAAACACCCGAGUAGGUGGACGUGUUGGUGCAGAGUCGGAGGAGAGGACAGCUAACUCGCGCAUCGUGGAGGCGUUGCUUGCGGUCACGAAUGAGAACAAGUUGCUGGAGGACUGCAAGCUGUGCGUCAAGUGUCACGACAAGCCACGGGGCAUCACCUUCCUCCCGUGCGGUCACUUCACGAUGUGCAGGGAGUGUGCCGGCCCGACCUACAUCUGCAAUUUAUGCCAGAAAAGUGUGUUGGCGACCGUUGAUACCUUUCUGUGCUGAUUAUUACCAACCAGUGGAAUGCGUUAAGUAUACUUUAUACAUGUCCAAUGAAAUUAAAGGGCGUAAAUUUACGUAACCAAAACAUAUUUUUAACGUUUUCACCUCCCAUUUAAUAUAUGGUAAUUUUCAGACGCACAUUUGUAUUUUUUAAAUCCCCAAAUUUUGGAUAAACUGAACCAUAAACAGCCAUGUAGCGAAAGUUGAUAUUUAUAUCUAAUCCCAGACCUCGUACAUAUAUAAAAAAAAAAUCACAUGCAUCAUUUAUAAUUAAAUUUAUUUGUUUGCUUUUUGAUGACUUUGCACUUUCAAAGCUCGAUUCCAUUUACAAUUUUUGUUAUGAUUCAUUGAUAAAAAAUAUCUUUCUAUUUCAACGGAAAGAAAGAACUUGUAAAGAAAGCAUGUACAUGAGUAGAUAGUUUACCGACAAAUCAAUAUUUACAUUUUUUUUUUUAUUAUUAUGAUUUUUUAACUGGCUAUUUAACAUAGCUUACUGACUUCACUAUAACUACACGC